UAAGAAUCUUAUUCCAUAUUUCUUUCUCUUCUUUUGGUAUCUCUUUCUUGUAAAACAAAUCAUGUCAAUCUGUUGCAUAUUCCAUUGAUGGUGUAAAUUAAACUGGUAAACACAAAGCAACCCCCAGAUGACGAGAAAGAAGAAAGAGUGAUAAGAGAAUGGAAGAGUUUGAUUACGAAGAGAUAGUGAAAGCAACAGAAAACUUCAACCCUAGAAAGAUGAUAGGCAAAGGAAGCCAUGGCAUGGUCUACAAAGGCGUUGUGUUGAAAGAUAACAUCAAGAGAUUGGUGGCUAUAAAGAAACCCUCCCAAGGCCUUCAAUCUCUUCACGACAACUCCAAGCUCGAAAACGAAAUCCGAGUUCUAUCCUCUCUAGGCCAAAACCCUAACGUGGUUAAUCUUCUAGGCACUACUAGUACUAGCUAUGAGCAGAAAGUGAUUGUGAUGGAUCUCAUGCCCAAUGGCACCCUCCAUGACAUGCUCCAUGUUAAUAAAACUCCACCCACGUGGCAUAAACGCGUUGAAAUCGCCAUGCAAAUCGCUCGUUCGGUGCAGUUUCUUCACGAAGGGAAGCCUGUGGUGAUCCACAGAGACAUAAAGUCUUCCAACAUAUUGUUCGAUUCCCAAUGGAACGCAAAGUUGGCGGAUUUUGGACUCGCGGUGAAAGGGGUUGACUCAGUGAGUCAACCCGCCGGUACGAUAGGGUAUCUGGACCCGUGUUACACCACCCCAGAUAAACUGAGCACGAAAAACGACAUGUUCAGCUUGGGUGUGGUUUUGUUGGAGAUCGUAAGCGGAAGAAAGGCCAUGGAUGUGUGCAAAACGCCGGCUUCGGUUGUGGAGUGGGCGAUUGGGUUAAUGGAGGAACAUGUUACGAUGAAAAUUUGUGACACGAGAGUAGCAGUGCCCAGUAACAUGGUUGGCACGAUCUCUCAGUUGGUACGAUGUGCCGCACGUUGUGUGUCGGAAAAUGAAGACGAAAGGCCUUCGGCAAGGGAUGUUGUUUUGGGAAUGGAAAGUUGUUUGGUGGAAGGAGUGAGGUUUCUUCCCCUUUGGAGAUGCGUUUUGGUGUGGUUGAGGAAGAAGAAGAGGAAGCUUAUCAUGAGUAUUGGUGCAAACAGGCAGAGAAGGAUUCGGUGUAUAGCACAAGAAGAAGAAGAAGAAGAAGAGGGUGAGGGAGAUGCUGCUGUUUCCAUGACCAUAAAGCAAGUUUUGGCCGAGUCUGAUUCGAUCAGGCAUGCACUACUAACAUUCGUACCAAGCCAAAGGUGAUUGUUAGUGUUACGUAUGGAAAUGGAAGGGUAGCUAGGGACAAAGUCGGUACUAAUAUUUCAUGCAUUUUAACUUGUGAGUUUUUAAUGUAUUAUUUGAUCUUUAAAUGUUUUAGAAUAAUUUUAAUUAGAUCUUUCAUCUUUUUAUAUUA